AUGAAUAAGGAGCAUAUGCCAAUUGUAUAGUAAAAACCAGACAAUUAAAGAAAAGACCUAGGAACAAUGAUCUUGAAAAAUAAGUAUUAAUUAUGCUUUUUCUCUAAAGGAGGAGGGUUCGGAGAAGUGUACAUUGCAAAGCACAUAACUAAAGAAUACGAUGUUGCUGUCAAAUUCGUAACAUUUAAACUCAACUAAUAUAAUAUUAAAGUCACCUAUGGAUUAAUUGUUUCAAUAGGAUUUCCCAGAUUGCUAACUCAUGGCCUAUUAGAAGAACAUCAAUUGAGCUAUAUGGUGAUCACUAAAUUCGAUUGUGAUCUUGAGCUCAUGUUUACUUAUUAUAAAAGGAAGUUUCCUCUCCAAACAAUAUUACUAGUGGGGAUGCAGAUGCUCGAUUUGCUUGAAAAAUUUCACUCUCUGGGAUUUGUUCACAACGAUAUGAAGCCAUAAAAUAUAAUGACCAAGUAUGGCCAGAAUCAGGUGUAUUUGAUUGAUUUUGGGCUAACAUCUAACACCGCAGAAUAAAAGAAAUAUAAGUUUAGAGGAACUCCAUUUUUUGCAUCGAACAGUGCAUUAUUAAAGCAAGGAAACGGUCCUAAAGAUGACAUUGAAAGCCUUAUAUACAUCUUGAUAUACUUUAACUAUGGGAAUUUGCCUUGGACAAAAGAUAUACCUGUUCUCCAAGAUGAUGUGAUGUCUAACCUUUAAAUAUAAAAUGUGAUACAUCUUCGAAGCCCCUAUAACUUAUGUUAAGAUAUUGACUCUGAAUUUGCUCAAAUGCUAGAUUAUCUUCAGAAUAUAAGCUAUAAGAAGAAGCCAAAUUAUAAACUCAUUAGAUCUUUGUUUGAGAGCAUGAUGCAACGAUAUAAAUACAAGCACCAGCUAGAUUGGUCCAAAUUGCAAGGACCCCCUGUAGACUUGUUGAAUUAAGAAGGGGCGUAAUUGACAAAAAAUUUGAAUUCUAAGUGCGUAAAAAGCAAAAUCUAGAGUCAUAGACAUGCUGAAAGCGAUAGCUCUUAAAGAAAUAACAAUAUGAAUCCUUAAAACUCUAGAAAAAACAAUUUCAAUAAUAAUUUAGAUGAUUCGUUUCAAGACUAAGAAGAUAAUAUAAGUGAAGAAGUUGACUCUAUAAACUCUAAGUCAAAAUACCCUGUUUACUAGAGAGAAUGUAAAGAGAGUAGAUCAUUUUAAUUGCUAAUGCAACCUAGUGAAUUUAUUCGAAUAAGAGCUUAAUCAUUUUCAGAUGAUGAAAACUUAGAUGAGCAGAGCAUGGUGAACAAUGUAUAUCUGAAUAGAAUUAAACCUAAUAAUAUCAAACUCCAAUCUAGAAGGAGAAAUAGUAGUAUGGAAAUGAAAGUGAAGUAAAAUUUAGUUUGA